AUGAAUUACAGCUGUUCGGAUAAYACUGAAUUCCAAAAGAAUYUAKCACGGAAACUCAAWAAAAUUCAUGGACAGCUGGYUGAGUUGGCAUCCUCUAAGAWKCCCAAACUACUCUUGGAGUUUGAAGAGAUUUUGCAGCUUUUGAAUAAUGAACCAAGAAAUAGWUCAAGCAUUGAUGAUCGUCGCCGAGAAAGGGAUGUGUGUCCAGAGACCUUUAAAGGGACGAUGGCCGGUUUUCCAUAUUACGAAARAGGAUGGGUUCUCACGAACUGUUCCAAUGCYAAACCWAUYAAWUCAGUCAUAUCUAUUCUCAUUAAUGCAGUGGUCUACAACACRCAGGAUGUCGAGCGACUUAGUUAYGUAUUGGAUGGGAUAGCUGAAUCAUAUCCCACUCUUGAUGUAUUGCUAGCCAUUCAAGAUAAACAGAGUAUCAAGAACAUUGAAAAUUACGGCAACUUGAAAGUGUUUAAGCACGGUUCCUCCUCCAAACCAGUAUUAGGUAAAAUCUGGAACAUGCUUAUUAAGAAAGCAACGACRCCAUACGUUUUGAUUGCUCGUGAUGUUGUGCACUUUUCCUGGCUGUCUCAACUUGAAAGGCUUAUUCGUGUUGUUAGUGAGAURCCAAAUGUUGGAGUAGCUGGGGGCUCUUWCAGGAAUUUAUCAGGACACUGGAARAUGGGYUGCUUCCAAAGUACUAUGAAGAACUAUGUGCUGAAAUACCAGGAAGGAUACUUCCAUUCCAGGAAUGAAUGCAUGUUGUGUGACUAUCUGCAAGGCCCAUUUGUGGCAAGAAAGUCUAUCUUGCAUUUUGAUGAGACUUUAAGCGAUGAAGUUGUGUUUGAAGACAUGUUUGUUUCUCUAACUAGAAAGGGUACAUUGAUAAUGGGCUGUCCUGAUGCCAUGUUCUUCACAAUGGGCGCAGUGAUUAGUUCAAAAGAAAAUGAAAAGAACGCUUGGACAGAAUUUGCUAAGAAAUGGACACUGAAUCGCAUUCGCCUAUCAAAUGGCAUAAGCCAUUCCUUCUCAUGUGAGGACAUACAAUUCGAGUGCGACACGAAAAUUACUCGUUCGUACUUGUUACCAGUUUGCUGUCAAGAAAAAUAUGAAUAUUCCAUGAGUGUCUUGCAGGACUUUGCCGACAAACACGACUUUUCGUUUGAGCUGGACGCAGGCUCAGCUUUAGGAACGGUCAAGUUUAAUGAUGAAGCCACUUUGACAUCACAUGCAGAGUCCAUGCUUUGA